AGUUCAUAUAACAAAUCUUUCUAGUGCAAACUUGAUUUUGAGUGGGGUAAUAUGUGUCGCGACUUCGCGAGUGUGACAUGACAUGUUGGUGAUAAGUUUACGUUUUAUUUCACCUAACGAAGUUUGUUAUCACAAGAACACAAUAUUGUACUUCUGACUUAAAUUUAUCAAAAUUAAUAAGUAUAUAACUACAAUUUAUUAAAUAUGUGUUAAUAAAUUAGUCGAUUUUCUGUAUAUAAGCACAGAAAUGCUUAUUUUAUAACUUUUCCUGUUUCUAAUGAUGAAGAUAACGUCGAAUAAAACGCAUAACGGAUUUUUGACAAAUCGUCUGACCUUGGGCGCCCUGCGCAACAUUCGUGAAUCCAACCGAGCAAGAUUAUUGUUCUGUCGAGCUAGUCUCGACAUACCUAUCUACAUUCUACAGUGUGUAUGUAGAUAUUUAUUAACUAGUAGUGUAGUUCAAAAUCUGCGAGUGUGGGGCGCGAAGAUGCCUCUAUUUGGCAAAAAAGAUUUCGGGAGAAAAUCCAAAAAAGAUGGAAGGGACAGUGAAAAACAACCAUCAAUCGAAGACAAGUACGUCGUCAAAGAUCUAUUGGGGACAGGAGCAUUUUCCGAGGUACGUUUGAUAGAGAGCAAAGAAAACGGGCAGAUGUUCGCUUGUAAAAUUAUUGACAAAAAAGCCCUAAAAGGCAAAGAAGAUUCAUUAGAAAAUGAAAUUCGUGUCUUGAAAAGAUUCAGCGAGCAAGCCAAAGGCGAGGGUGCUGAGAAGAAAAUGUUUUCCCAUCCGAACAUUGUCCAGCUGCUCGAGACAUAUGAAGACAAAAAUAAAGUGUAUCUCGUGAUGGAACUCGUCACAGGCGGGGAAUUGUUCGACAGAAUCGUGGAAAAAGGCUCCUACACCGAAAAAGAUGCGUCCAAUCUAAUUAGGCAAGUGUUGGAAGCUGUAGAUUACAUGCAUUCCCAAGGAGUAGUACACAGAGAUCUGAAGCCAGAGAAUUUGCUUUACUAUAGUGCUGAUGAGGACAGUAAGAUAAUGAUCAGUGACUUUGGAUUGUCCAAGAUUGAGGACUCUGGAAUAAUGGCCACAGCGUGUGGCACUCCAGGAUAUGUUGCACCUGAGGUGUUGGCACAGAAACCAUAUGGGAAAGCUGUGGAUGUCUGGAGCAUAGGAGUCAUAUCAUACAUUCUCCUCUGUGGCUAUCCUCCAUUUUAUGAUGAGAAUGAUGCAAAUCUUUUUGCUCAGAUCUUAAAGGGUGACUUCGAAUUUGACUCGCCAUACUGGGAUGAUAUUAGUGAUUCUGCAAAAGAUUUUAUCCGGCAUUUAAUGUGUGUGGAUGUGGACAAGAGAUACACUUGCAAGCAAGCUUUGGACCACCCAUGGAUUUCAGGAAACGCUGCCAGCAACAAGAACAUCCAUGGUACUGUAUCUGAGCAGCUCAAGAAGAACUUUGCUAAGUCACGCUGGAAACAGGCGUACCAUGCCACUACGGUCAUCAGACAAAUGAAGAAAAUGGCGCUGAACAGCAGCAGCAGCUCAAGUCGCAAUGCUAACGCCUCAGGCAAACAAUAGCUGUAUUGUUUGUCUGCCCACCUUCCGAUUGCCAUUGGUACACCUGCCUAGAAAGGUACCUCAUGUAGUGGGUCUUAAUGGUCUCGAGAUGACUAAGUUCGACGCGAUCCUGUUAUUGCAGCACCAUUCGGUGUGAUGCUUGUUAAAUUGGUAGAUAUCACAGUUAAUUGGAAUUCAUUGUCAAAACAGUUGGUAAGAAAUGCGUCUGAGAUUCGUGUCAUUGCUAUUAUAAUUGUGACGCCUUAUGCCAUAAUAUUAUAAGGAUAAUAAUACGAUAUUAUCCUUUAAAUGAGCGCUUGCGCAAAUCUAUAUACUUGGAGCAGUGCUUAUAACUAUAUUGUAGGCAUGUUACAUAAUGAUGAAAAAUCAACGAACUGUUUAUAAGACAUUUUGUCUAGUCAUUUAUCAUUUCUGCUUGCAUAAAAGUAUAUACCGUUUUAAUUGGAUAAAUAAUUAAUAAUUAUGAAUAUAACUGUAGUCAAAGGUAUCGAAAUAUUAUGGAGUAACAAUAUGCUUACCUUUAAACUCACCAUUGAUAUUCCUAUUUCUACAUUUCAUACACAUGUUUCUCUUAUUUAUUUUGACUAUAUUAACACUGAACAGUGUUAAUUGUACCUAUGUAAAUCUAUUUUAACUCUUGACCAUGAAUCUUUUUACGAAUUUUAAUUUGAUUUUAAAAUGCAUUUCGGAGUGAAUCAAACUAAUUAGGUAGGAUAAUAAAAUGUUCUCUUUAAAAGAUACUGACUAAAUAGUUAUUACUUAGUAAGGUGAUACUGACAAAUCACAUAAAAAUAAGGUCUGUUGCAAAAUUCAUUAGAAUUACAAAUUAAAGUGACGAAUAUUUACACUUAAAUGAUAAUGGUUGGAUAUGAUAAAGUAUAUUAGUCAUUGAGAAUGUUGAUCCGCUUCUUACAUCCCAUAUAAGUCCAUUUGGAGUACCCGCCUAGGUACUGGUUUACGAAAUUGCUGUAGUGACGACAUGUAAUGUGAUUAUUCAAUUUGACCCUUCAAAGUAGUUGUUUUAAAGUUUGUUAAAUGAUCACCUAUGCUAUGCCUAGCGUAAGUUUUGUGAUUCUAAAGCUAAGUCCUAUAUAUCCACUGUCAUAUUCAAAUACCUGUUAAGUAGUGUAUUAUGAUAUCUUACCUAUAUGCACUGUUGAAUUCAAUGUUGUUAUAUAAUACUCCGCGCUUAAAAUGAUUGUAUAAUAGCGCUGUUUAUGCAAAUAUCAUCUCAAUCAAUCAUCAUCAAUUUCCUAGCUACAUGAUUUGAUCCAACAAUAUUUUGCGCAACUCGACUUAUUGUUUUAUCGGUAAGAGUGAAAGAUCUGUACGCAAGACUGAAAUAAUAUAAAGUGAUAGCUAGUUUUUUUCAGUAAAACCCUGAUAGGUGAUUUCCGCAGCAUUUUUCAAUAUUCCAAUGUUUUGAAUAAAGUAAGGUAAACUUAACGACGAUUUAUGCAUUUGAUAAAGAAUGUUUCUCCGUAGCAGUAGUAUAGUGGAAAUUGUUCAUUGGGUAUAAACGAUGUAAAAGGAGUUAACACAUUAUCGCUAACACAGGAUACAUGUUAAGCAUUAUAAUGCAAUCUUGACAUGAUUGAUUGGAAUUUUGUGAACACGCACAUUAGGUGAAAAUCUUAUUGUGGCUAGCUACCUGCUACGUUGUUGACAGCCCAUUUUAUUAUAAGAGCGUAUCAUGUACAGAUUCGAUGAAUCUCAUUAUUUUUCCUUUUUAUUACUUAUGUGACAAAAACCAAGGAUCUAAUAAAACUAUUUAUAUUGUAAUCACUAUGCAGCUUAUGUUAUGUGCGUUGAGUCAGUAUGACUAUCAAGCUUCUUAAAAAUAUUUUUGUUAUCUAUUAACUUUCCCUGCUUAGAUGAAAAAGGUAAUAUUCCACUGUGAAUGGUUUUAUUUGGCAACGCAAGAAAUCUCUUUGAAAACUUUUUACAUUCCAUUUCUUCAGUAUAUUUUUUAUACAGGAAUUUAUAAUUUACUUUUGUAUCUCGAUUUUAUUUGGACGGGCUUUAGGGAAGAAACAGCAGAUUAAAGGUGCGCCACCACUGUGACGAUUUCUCAUGAGCCCUUUGUGUAGUCAAAAGGCAACGCUUGGGAAGAAAGUGACGUCAGUGAUGGCGCACCUUUAACGUAAAUUUUCUUUUGCCAGCGUUGAUGUACUUAUCUAUUUCUACAUCAAUGGUAAGUACUUAGUAGAUAAUCAUAAUAGGUAUAUUAUGUAUUUGCAAAGCUUAUACACAAAAUUAUUGAACAUUCCAAUUAGGACUUUAUUUAGUUACUGUUGAAAUACGAAGCUACUUGUGUUCAUGUGAUCGUUUUUAUGUCUAUUUAUAUUUUAUAUGGAGAAUAGAGGCAAUGCAAGUGCUUUUUAGAAACUGUCCGACGUUACUUUUGUAAUAUGCCAUUUAUUAUGUAUCUUCCGUCCAUACCUUUCACUGGGAAAUUUAUCUAAAGAACCUUAUUGAUUUAGUCGGCUAAUCCAUGCCACGGUGUUGUCAAUAUUUUGAUAGCAUUUUAAGAAUAUUUAUUUACCAAUUUUCCAUUAAAUAUUUAUGAAAAUUGGCCUAAUGAAUCUUUAUAAGUCUGAUAUCAUAAAAUGUGCUGUCUUGACUAGUGUUUCCGUUACAUAAAGUUUUAAUGAAACUGCUCUUUUAAGGGUUCUGGGUGUAUAAAAGAGAGCCGCCGUUUUUAAAACCGCACCAGUUGAAAUUAAUAUACAGUUGCCAGUAUGACAUUAAGGAAGAUCCAAAUUGAAAAAUGUCCACUACAUCACAAAGAUCAUGAAAAAGGAGUUGGACUUACAACACAUUUUAAAAAGGGUGGCCGGAAAGUCUAGAAUAAAAUAGAAAAUAUAAUUCCUGGAAUAUGUAAUCGUCACUCAACGCCGUGGCGCGGAUAAGUGCGAUACUGAUAUGUAUCAAUGACCGACUAUCUCAGAAGGAGCCAGGACGGGAAGGUAUCAAUUAUUUAGAAACAUUUCUAUAUGAAAUCAAUUUCAUUUUACAUGUGAAAUUACAUAUCUUAACAAAAAUACUUGUUGAUGAUGUGACUUCUUUGUAAUAAUUAAGAGACGCGCUUCUGAAUGAGGCAAGAGCCAAUCAACGUGUGUUAUUCGUUAAUGUUCUCUAACUACUGUCAUGAUAAAUCAUCGCUUGAUUGUUAAGCAUGCACUGCUUUAAAGUUUUUAAUAAUUGUAAGUGUAGUAAUGUUCAAUAAAUAAUUGUCUAAAUGCGCCUUAAUAUCUGUGUAAUUUUAGUAGUUCUGUCAGUGCUCCUUGUAUUUACUAUAGUUUAAAUAAUAAGAGUACUAUUAUAGGUUCCGUCAUACAUUAGAAGCAGAUCGAAUUUCAUUUGAUUGUCGAUGGAAUUAUUAUUCUCACGUGAAACAUAAUUUAUGUAACUCCUUCGUGUAUGUUUCAUCAAAUGUUGGUAUACUAUGUAAAGGAUCUUUAUGAGGAUUUUUAUAGUCAUAGUAUUUUAUGAAUUGACAUACGGGCAUGAAUCCCAUUAUAAUCUCUUAAUAUAAUAUUAUAGUAAUCUUCGUUUUAACUUAUACCCAUUUUGUGUCAAUGGCUAACUAUACAAAGUGCCAUGUGUCUACCAAUAGGUGUGUUCUAUUAAUUAUUUAUAAAUUAUGUGAUCGAUUUUAUAUUUCAAUUUCCAUGAUCUUUUUUUAAUUGCGCACAAUGUUUGAAGUAAGUGUUAAUUUUAAUGCUAUCUAUUAUUUACGAAAACUGUACCAAAACUGGUGUUUGAGCACAUAAUUUGCUUUGUAAAUGUGACAAGUUUUUGUUCCUUAUCUGCACAAACGCUUGUAUCCACUGGACCGCAGUAAAUCAUGUGUAACCGAAUAAUAGUAGAUACGCUAAUGUGAUCUUGCCAUUGUUACGCACUUAGCAGUACACACUACUACAAGUUUGCUCUCUACAUAUUUUCCAUUUUGUUAUUAGUUGAGUUUUCACUGUGCCAAAACCAUAUCAUAAUCAGUGAUAAAUAUUAUACUUGUAACAUAUAAGAUUUCUUGUUUAUUAGACACUUUUAAACGUUUUAUCGCAAUAGAUAGCAGACAGCAGUGCUAAGCGACAUUUCAAGUUCCUUGUCAUUUGAAUACUAAUUAUUAUUUUCUUUAUUCAUUAAUGUAUGUUUAGUGUAAGAGUAAUCUAUAACAUAUUUACUAUUUUUCGAAGGUUAUUAACUAUGUAUAUGUUUUAAAUAAACAUACACGUUUUAGUUUCUAUAUUUAUCUUAAUUAAGCACAAUAGUCUAAGGGCUGGGAUGAAAUUCAACAAGUUUGUUUAUUCAGAAUCUGCAAUUUCUGUUCUAUCUCUAUUAUUUCGGUUGUGAAAUUAUGUUUCUUUCAAAAGUACCUAUUUCCUUGACGGAAAUUUUAUCGGGAAAGUUGUAAUAACUUGUAACUUAGAUCUGAUUUAAUGUUGAAAAAAAAAUCUUGUGAUUUAGAUUUUAUACUUCUUGUUUAAAACAAUCAAAAUUUAUUAGUAGAUUCUUAGAUGUUAGCUAUAUUUUCAAUGUCAUUGUAAAUAAAAUGCCAACUUGUUGA